GUGUAGGCAUCAGUCUUGGCCCGGUACUCGUUGCGAACACACGUGGUUCUACGACCGCUCCACGUUCCCUCACUUCGAGGCGUAAUAUUUGUGUACGAGGCGUGUGGCCGUACGUGAGGGUGGCUGAGACGGGCGGCGACACCCUAGGGCAGGUGGUGAGGCGAGGAGCCCCUGCCACCGCCGCCAUGUACCGCAGGAUACGGUCAUGGGUCCUGGACGACCAUGAGCAGGUCAUCUUUCGCUCCGUCCCCGUCCUGAAGAAGUACACCUGGAGGACCUAUACUGCUUCCACUACACCGCCAGCAACGAUGACCUGGAUAAGCGAGAUGGCUGGGACCUGUACAAUCCUGCAGCAGAGUACCACCGUAUGGGCGUCCCCUGUGAGGCCUGGUCCCCUACCACACUCAACCACAAUUAUGAGAUCUGUGACACCUACCCCCAGGAGCUAUAUGUUCCCGCCUCAGCUCCCACCAAGGUUAUCCUCAGCAGCUCUAAGUUCCGCAGCAAGGGCCGCUUCCCUGUCCUCUCCUACCUCCACAAGAACCAGGCAGCAUUGUGUCGAUCAUCCCAGCCGCUGUCAGGCUUCAGUGCUCGCUGUGAGGAAGAUGAAGAUUUACUGGACUGCAUUCUUCGCUCAAACCCAAAUUCCACAUACAUGACUGUCGUUGACACUAGACCGAAAAUCAAUGCUAUGGCUAACCGAGCUGCCGGCAAGGGGUAUGAGAAUGAGGCUUAUUAUGAAAAUAUCAAGUUUCAUUUCUCUGGCAUUGAGAACAUACAUGUGAUGAGGGCAUCUUUAACCAAGCUGAUUGAAACCUGCCAGCUUGUGACACCUUCAAUGGGUGGGUUUAUCAGUGGUGCCGAGUCAUCAGGCUGGCUGAAGCAUGUGCGUUCAGUAUUGGAAACAGCUUCUUUCAUCACCAAUUCAAUAGUGGAAGGCAUAAGUGUACUGGUGCACUGUUCUGAUGGCUGGGACCGUACAGCUCAGACCUCAGCACUGGCUCAGCUUCUUCUCGACCCUUACUACCGCACCACUGAAGGAUUCCAGAUCUUAAUUGAAAAGGAAUGGCUAGCAUUUGGCCACAAGUUUACUGAUCGGUGUGGACACAUCCAGGGAGACAGCAAGGAGGUGUCUCCAAUCUUCACACAGUUCAUUGACUGUGUUUGGCAACUACAGCAAAUUUUACCAUCAGCUUUUGAGUUUAAUGAGAGAUAUCUUCUUGUUCUCCACGACCAUGUGUAUUCCUCACAGUUUGGAACAUUUAUUGGCAACUGCCAGAAAGACAGAGUUGAUUUAAGAUUAUCAGAUAAAACAUACUCACUGUGGGGGUAUUUGAGGUCUCGUGAGAGUGAAUACAAGAAUCCACUGUAUCGAAGAGACUCAACUGCAGACGUGUUGCGGCUUAACCUCUGCCCUCAGAGUGUGAGGUUUUGGCGUGGGAUGUACAAUCGAUUUGAAAAUGGAAUUCACCCACGAGAACCACUGGGAGACGUGUUGGCUGCCACCACAGAGCACACACAAGCACUCACUGACCAAGCUGACUACCUCACAAAGCGCAUCACAUGGCUCAAGAAUGAACUAGAGCGAAGAGGACGAAACACCCCAAAGAAAGGUGCUGAUAGUCAGUGUGACAACCGUAUCCUUGAUGAUGCCCUGCAGAAUGGUGAGGAGAAAAUAGAAACUAUAGGAGUGCUGGGCAUGCGAGAAGUAGAAGAAUCCUUGGUGUCUGUAGGUGCUCUGACAGUCACCAGCUCUGCAGGAUCUGAUGUUUCGUCAGAUAAGAUUGUCCCUGACUCCAACUUCAUCAACCCCUCACAGUUCAUACAGAGUGGCAAAAAGUUUAUGGGCUAUUUGACAUCAUAUCAAGCUGACCGUUCAGUCUUCCCAGAACUGUCAUCUGUGGCACUUGAUUGGAAGACUUUCAGAAAUGUGCGAGAAUGCUCAUGUUCAACUCCAUUUGACCAUUUCAGUCGGAAGCACCACUGCUGGCGAUGUGGAGAAGUAUUUUGCACUCGUUGUAUAGACAAGAAAGCAGCACUUCCAGGCCAUCUUAGUCAGCAGCCUGUACCUGUGUGUCGACCAUGCUACAAGGAUGUCACACGUUCUAUUUCUGUAGAUACUCCGUAGUUUGCAAUGUAUGUACUGUUUGUGGGAUGAAAAAUCAUCUGAUUUAUACUUUGAUGUAAGUUAACUUGUUAUCCAUUAAAUAUUUUGUAAUGUAGGAAUGGGUGGGUUGUUCUGGGGACUUGUAAAUUGUUGGACUACACAUAUGGAGUCAUCUGUAGUAUGCCUACUUAAUUCUAAGCCAGUGGUUCCAGCAAGGUAGUAUAUAUGGGCUGUAAGCUGACACAUUGUGUGCACCCAAUUGUAACUUGAGAACAUGGAAUACUACUUCAGCUGGAAUAAUAAAUUCAGCACAAUAUUAAAUCACCAUUAUGAAGAUUUUAUAUCUAUUUAAAGUGAGAUAUAGUCCUACUCUGAGGAGGUGGGAAGGUUAGGUUCUUUUGAGCCAUCUCCAUGCAAGUGCUCAAGGCCUAGCAGCACCAUAUAAGUCUUUAAAAAUUUAUAGCAAGUACUGUACACACCUGAUGUAUUAAACAAAUCGUUUGAGAAGCACAGUUUGAGCUUGAUACUCGUUGAUAGUGUUGCACUAUUUGCCCAUGGUUGUGGAUGUACAGUGACUUAGAAGUUAGACGGAGUUUUAUCCAAAUACUUCUGAUGCCAGGUGCUCAACACAGAUCACAUAUAUUGUAUUGUGAAGGAAAAGUUUUGUUUUGUCCAAGUAAUCUUUGCUCACAAGAUGGUAAAAUGUCCAACUCUAUACAGUCAGAAAUCAUUACUACUUAAAUAAUGAGUAAUGGAAAAUGUUGAUCAUUCUAUGUCUGUUAAUGAAGUUCAGAUGUAGAAACAUUUAUAUGUCUGUUUCAAUAAUUCAAAAGCUAUUUUGAGUUUUUAAGAGUAUGCAAUACCGAUUUUACAGUGUUCAGCACUUGUCAGUGUAAACUUACUCUGUAAAGACAUGCUACUGUCAGGAAUAUAAUAAUAUCAUUUAGAUUGAAUUUUUUUAUUUUAUUAUGUUACUAUAAAUGAAAGUUCACCAAAAUUAGAAUUUGUAGAAGACAGAGGCAUAUUGCUGUCCUAAGUGUGGCAAAUUAUGUGUAGGUUAAAUUAAGGUAAACCACUUAAUUGGAUGAGAAUGUGUGUUUCUGGUAUUAAUAUGGAAACAUGUUCAUAGUAAACACUGUAACAGAACUGAUGUUACCUUCUAUACAGUCUCCCAUUAAGUUCUAAAAUAUUGUAAUGAAAUCCUUGUAUAAUUCUACUCUGUAAUGAAAGAAGAAACCAAAUAUUCCAGAUAUAGUAACAAAGAUACUAUAAUGAUAGGAACAUGUCAUGUGGUAGAACAUAGAACACGACUAAAGUUGAUGAUUGAUGACCUUUUGUGGCAUGAAUGUACAUUUCAAUAUGAUUUUCCUUACAUAGAUAAUAGUAAAUAGUACACACAGUACAUAAGUAAUUUGUUGAUGCUGCAACUUGUGGCUUCCCCUGUGAUAGUGUGCAUUGUGAUAAAAAAUACUGGUGAAUUUGUGGUGUGAAUUUAGACAUGAUGACAAAUAUUAUAGAUUUAGCCAUAAGCCCUGUCAUUUAUAAGAACUCUGGCUUCUACUAAGUCUAUGUUAUGCCCAUCCAGUGUUUAUAGUUUGAUAGAUUAUGCAGCUCUGAAAACUCCAUUUGUUUAGAAGCAUAAUUAUAAAGAAUGGGUUUCUAUUAUCAUAAUGCAGUGUAACUUCAGUUAUUUGAUUAUAUAUAGAAUAUUAUUUUUGUCAUUCUAUAAACUCUGCUUCAUGCUUACCACAUUUCUGUACAGAGAUGUUUUUAAAUGCAAAGAAAAGACAAAAAUUUGCUCAGGGUUCUUUUUGUAGAACAUCAGAUUUAGCUAAUAUUUAUCAGUCCGAAAAUUUAUUUGAGAUCAUCAUAAAUGUUGUGAGAAAUGCUAAUUGGCUUGAGUAUGGACUGAAGGUACAUCACUGAUUUCAAAUACUGUACCUACAAAGUAGAUAGAUACCCUUGCCAGUAGGACUAGCCACUGGAGGACAUAUGGUUAGGUUAGAUUCCAGAUGAUGAAAUUGUGAAUGAUAAAAAUUCGAUUACUUGACAUACUCUUUGAAAUGUAAGUGUACUUUAUGUAGAAAAAAUACUAGAAAAUACCAAUUUAAAAAUUUAGCACGUGUGAGGGGUUGCAGGUUUCCAUAAUGUAGAUGAAGUUACUGUUUAAAAACAAGAAAUUUUGUGAGACAUGCAGCCUCAACUUAAGGAUGCUGCUGAAUACAAAUGUUUUUAAAAAUGUAGAGUAGUGAUAUAGAUAUAAUAUAGGUAUUUUUAAGUAUAUGCUUUAACUCUUGGGGAUAAUCAUGAGGCCUAAGGAAAGGGCAUACAUCGGAAAAGAAAAAAAAAAUAUCAGGUAGCAUUUACUAUAAUUUUUCAUGGAAUAAGCUGAAUGUUUAGGGUAGAACUAUAUGCAGUUUGGUUAAUACAUAGCCAUUACAUCUUCCUAUAAUUGUACCAUUAUAAAUUCAGUCCAUUAUCACCCUAUAGGGAUGUAUGCCUUUCCCCUUUUGAUUCACAAACAUACAUGCAGCAUUGCACCAUUUUUUCAGA